CGCGCCGCAUCGCAAGACGGGGCCCAUUUUGUGUUUUUCCACAGUCCAACGUUGGCCUCGAAGGCUAUACUAUACGUAAGCCGCACGCAGUAGGGACGGGUCCCUUAGUGCUGCUCUUGCUGAUUGAGCGUCAUCUACGGCUGCCCGGUUCGCGCCGUGCCUCUUGGUUGCAUUCUCAUGUCGCCCGUGGCUUGGAUGGGAGUCGGUGAAGGCUGAAAGCGAGUCCAGCCAUUUGCUGAAGAGGCUCGUCACGGAAGCGCCAAUGCCUCGGAGUAUGGCUGGCGAUGUGGUGAUGAUUUACGAUUGGUUUCCAUUUGGCAUGUACUUUUCAAACGAUACCAGAUUCAAUUUCUACCCUGGAGCAGAAGUCUCCUUGCUUUCACCAGGAACAACCCCUUCUCUGUGCACUGUGAAGCGUGCAUCCAAGUGCAGUAGUCUUCAAUCUGACACUGUUGGCAAGCUAGAAUGCGGGUCGAACAUGAUGGGUGGAUAUUUUUGGGUGGCCAUGCUUGGCUUGGUCUUGGUACUGGGCCGAAUCGCAUUGGGGAAGCGAUUGCGAGCGGGGUGGUGGUGCAAACCCUGGUCACUGGGCGGGAUAGAUAGGCACACACUUCGUACACAGUACACAGUAGAUGGUACUAUACUUGCACUUACAAUCUCGGGUUCCUACCCAUCCACACCUACUCUACGGACUUCUGUGUAUCUACAAGUACUAUGUACUGUCUAAAGUGCAUGGCUCUGCCCAUUCUCAUCAUUGGCUUACUACAGAGCAUGCUCCCAGAGGCAUGAUUGUUGCACAGAGGGCGUGUCAAGCAGGGUUGUCGAAGCGGCUCCCAGGCAGGAUUCCCAGCGCUCCGCAACACCGGUUCAACC